AACAGACAGUUUCGUGCGCGCAGAGAACGGAGCAGCCAUUGAAAUACACUGUACAGAGCAUUGUUUUGUGUUGGCAUUCCUUGGAUUAUAAAAGCCUCGCCCACUACAGGAAGAAGGACAUGCCGUAUUGCCACAUUCCCCAUUUCUAAUACGGAAUUAAACCACAACCCCAUGACAAUAAGAAAACUCCCACCGUCCAUCAUAAACAGGAUAUCAGCAGGCGAGGUGGUCACACGUCCAUUGUCGGUAGUCAAGGAAUUGUUGGAGAACAGCAUAGAUGCAGGUGCAACCAUAAUACGAGUUACUUACGGCGAGAACAUUGUGGUUGUGGAUAACGGAUCAGGUAUAGCUGAGGAAGACUUUGAGCUGCUGUGUGCACGGUACUGUACAUCAAAGCUUAGAGAUGAGCGCAAGGACCGAUUUGAUAUUCUUGAGGAUGUGUGCACCUAUGGUUUUAGGGGCGAGGCUUUAGCCUCUAUAUCGGAUGUGAGCACGGUGGUGGUGCACACAAAAACGAAGAUUGGUGCGUAUGGACACGUGCUUGUGUAUGAGCGUGGUGUCUUAAUUUCCAAGAAGAGAGAGGGAAUGAACGAUGGCACAGUGGUAACCGUGAACGAUCUGUUUGGUAGCAACGCAAUGAGAAAACGUUUCUUCAGGAACAGGAAGAGCGAAGUUGUCGAUAUUUUUAGACUUGUUGUAGGAUACCAGGUCAUAAACGAAACAAAAAAGCUUUACUUUAACGUGAAUGGCAAAGAUUUGGUAUUUCCUGGUGCAUUGAGAGGAGAUGCUCGAAAUGAAUUGCUAGGGCGUCCAUCUUCCCAUACAGACGAGAGCAUCCGACUGCCAAACGAAGGACCUACGCUGAUGCAUGUCCAAUCAUGUAAUGCGUCUGGGUGUGACAGCGCAUUUGAUAACGAACGGAUAAAUCUGAAAACGACAAUCCUUAACAAAUACUUCAACACAGAGAACAACCUGUCGUGCAAAACGGAUAGCAACAUUUUGGUAAUUCACUCGUCACCAGUGCAUCACCAAAAGGAUCUCAUCCUCAUGCUUUCUAUAAAUAACCGUCUUGUGAAGAGUCAGAGCCUAAAAUCAAAGCUAUACAGCCUUUACAAGCCGUUCCUCCCCAAUCGAAGUUUUCCGCUGAUCUACGUCGAGAUGAGGGUGGAGAACUGUGAUGUUAACGUUGACGCGAUGAAACAGCGCGUGCUCUUUGUUGGCGAGGAUGAAGUGUUUGAACAGGUGUGUAGGAUGGUUGAAGAGGGUUUAGUACACGGAUCGGUGGGUGUGUGUAAGGUGAGCAGUGCUAAAAAUGAAAUAAAAGUUUAUGAAGGUUUGAAGGUCGAGAAUUUGGCGAGCUUUGAAUUCAGGAGUAGCAAACAUGAGCAAAUAGGAAAUGGCAAGAUGAUGAAAAAUAAGGAUAUAUUAGCGGUACAGGUUGAAGAGACUUGGCAAAAGAAUGCUGAUGAUGAACAGUUGAGCUUUAAAGCUGCAAGCAAAGACGAAAGUGUGGGUAAAUCUGGCAGCGAGGAAAUGAUGAAUGGGCAUCAUCGUGAUAAUUUGGGAUCAAACGUUCUGAAUGAUGUGAAAACCGAGAAUUACAGGAAGAACACGGCGAAUCGAUUCAUCAAAGACAUGAAGUAUGUGGGAAAGUUGGAUAAUGAAAAGAUAUUCGUUCAGCUAAACGCCUUUUUGAUGCAAUGCGAUUACAAAAAGCUGCUCAGGAUCUAUUUUUUACAACACAUGGCCAGGCAAAAAGGAAGAUUUAAGACAGUAGUGGUCAAGAAUAAUACGUUUGUGGCAUCUGAUAGUCUGAAGGAAUACGGAGUGGAGAACGUGAGUGAUGGCGUGAGAGUGCCUGUAAUAAAUAACAUUGUCAUGGACAUCGCACAUUUAGAAAAGAGCGAUGCGGACAAAUACUCAAUCGCUGAUUGCUUUGUGUGUGCGGUGCGAGACUAUGAAAUGUUUUUCGGGGUUAUCAAGCGAGCUGUAAACGAGGACGAUGAUGUUUUGAGCUGCUUUAGUGUGGUAACCGGGUUGAAUGAGCUCUAUAAGGCAUUCAAAAGAAUUUGAUGAAGUGCUCGGUAGCUGUUCCUGCAUACAAAACUGAUAUUGUGUUACGUGCUUAUUCUUCUUACAUAGUACAACAAAUUAUCGUUUGUGUGCUUGAGCAGCACACUCAUACUCGGUAGAUGCUGCUCACGCGCGCAAAUGGGCAACAUGGCUGUAAAGAAUGUGCAUGUCUAUGUUUCUAAGGAGUAAAACGAUAAAUAUUCAAUGUAGGUAUGUACAAAUAAUCAUCAUAGCUCAUUUAUACCACGAUUGUACAUUAUUGAUGUAUUUAAAACAUGUUUUAGCACUAAUCGUGCCAUAAUUUAUACUUUUUUGCUGUGUACGCCACGAGAUAAUUAUAUUUGCAAUUCUUUUCCAUUAAAAGUACGUUUUUUAUCACC